AUGACACUGGUUUUUCUAUUCAUAUCAAUUGACUCAAUUGUAGGGCUUUACCCCGAAGGGAGCCCUUCCAGAAAUUCUCGACGGCCAAGGACAAGCCUAGGCCGAAGAGGGGGUUUGGAAAUAGUUUUCAACCAGCAAUAG